AAGUGCUUUUGAAUAUUUGAUAAACCUCAUCAGUCAGUUGAAUGUCAUCUAUUUUCUUGUUUUAAAUAAUAAUUCCAAUCGAGCUGUCGCGUUGCCCCAAUAUUCAAUAUUCCCUCGAAAUGUAUGUCGAUAUGUUGCACCAGAAGAGCGGCAUAUUCUUGGCUAAGUGCAAUGCCCUGCCAGGAUUCUAGGAUGCUUGAUCUCCUGAGGGGUAUGGGGAGCAUUAUGUUGGCUGAUCAAUACCGGAGGAGCCGCCCCAUACUCGCCAGUUAUACGUAGUUGGUGUUGCUGAGUAGUCGUAGAGUUCAAUUCGCGUGUUCCUUGGUUUAUACAAGUAGUGCAUUAUAGUGAGCAUCUCAACAGUUGCAAUUGGGACAAUAUUACGGCUUGGAAUUGGAUGUGGGUACUCACGAUUAGAGGUCAUCGAAAAAUCUAUUGAAGGAAUAAUCACAAGUCACGUAAAUAAGUUGGAGUAAUUGAAAUUUACAGUUAAAAAGGACAGAGAACAACACCUUCCGUCUUGCCGAUGAUGGUGGAGGAAGAAAAGGUGCAAGAAAAGCUUGCCGCGUAAAAAGUUUAUCAGAAUUUGUUUCACGUUUUGUGUUUAUCCGACUAUUGAACGCAUCACGACGGAUUAAAAUUAAUUUGAGACGAGUAUAUCGUGUUAUUAUAAAUAACGAGACAAAUGGUAACUACAUUUCGGUAAACUGGUUCAGCAAUACUUUCACAAGUGAAGAGUCCUAAAGUCAUGUGAAUUAGUUUUGCUUUUCGCCCCUAAACACCCACAAGGAAGAAAUCACGAUGCAUGGUACCGCAGGUCUCCACUCGGCCAUGGCCAUUAAGCGCCAAAGAAGACUGCGAGAACAAGCCAAACGCAAGCGCGAAAGACGCUUGUCUUCGCACACCAGCAGCAUGGACAGCAUGGAGCAUUUGCCAACGAAGAAGAUCUCCCACCACGCACCCCCUGAUCACCGUCUCGCCACUUCCAUCGGGAUGCUUCACAUUGGAGUGUGCUUCUUAGUGUUUGGUCUUUUUCUCAUUGGAUCUGGACUGCUUCCAGAUGAUAUGGUCACAUGGAGAGGUGGCGGUUGGUGGAAUGAACUGCUAGCGACUGGGAUUUUUGUCGCAGCGUUGGGGAUUUUUCUCAUCGCACUGAAUAGAGUAAUGUCGCGACGUGAGGAAGAAGACCUCAACGAGUAUGUUUCAAGACAACUGACGAGAUCGAGGAGUGGUCAUCGACUAGAAAGGGAUCUUGAAACUGGGUGUUUAACCACGAAAAACCACAGACGAAUUCUUGAGAAAAAAAGGGAAGAUGAAGACCGAGGUAUCAAUGAUAUUACACCUGUUCACUCGCCGCAUACUAAAAUUGCACCUGUUUCCAUACAAAAUGGCGAUGCUUACUUGGAAAAAAUCGUUGAAGAGGACGUGUUUGAAAAAAUUACGGAUGAAACCAAGCCGUUUGAAAAUAGAGAGACUAUGUCGACAACUACCACUGCUAGUUUGAGUCCUGGGACUCCUUCUGAAACGAGAGAAUUAAUCACAAAUGCUAGGCAGUACAGCUUUAAUUCCAGACAGUAUUAGGUUCAAAAAAUUAAAAUGUUUCUAUAUUUACUAUUUUGACAGACUUCUUCUAAUAUUUAUUGUUGUAGUUAGUAAUCGAUUAGAUAGCAAGAACGCACACCCUUUUGAUAUCGUAAAAACUAAGCUUAUGUAGGCGUUUUUCAAACCAGGCUGCUCCUUUAUCCUUUAUCUAAAUUGAAAAUAAAAUCUUUUAUACUUACUAUAAUUUAUUUUAGUAAAUAACGACCACUAGUGAGAUCCCAGGAAUUUACGAAUUAGAUGAAAGGAUUUAAGUAACACAAACUAGUAAACUCAUAAGCAUUGUUUAUUUAUUUAUUGUUUAGUUUAUUUUUUUAUAAAGUGAAUAUUAAUAUUCAAAUACAAAUUUACCACAUUUCUGCAGUAAAUACAUCUAGGAGAUUCGCUUUUCUUGUCGUAAAAAAUACGUUUGUUUAACAUCUAUUUUAUUUGACCGCAGUCCGUCCAUACUCACGAAAACACGUCUUGUCUGUUCGAAACGUAUAUACAGAGUGUUCAGAAUUGUUUGUGCAUACCAAAUUCAAAUAAAAAUAUUUCAAAUAUCAAACAAUUAUACUUUUUCUUUAAUAAAAUUUUGCAUUUUUCCGUAAAUGUGUUUGAAAUUUAGGAUUUUAAAAAGCUUUUUGUGCUGCCAUAGUUGCAGUUGACAUUUUGGGUUGACUUUCAUUCAUGCUGCAUAGAACAAACAAGAAAUUUAAUUAGCUUAGAACAAAAGUGUUUGCAGAGUUGAAAUUGGAACACUGACAGAAUAUUUAUUGAUAAAAAAUUGAAUACCAACAUAAUUUUGAGGUUAGAAUAUUCAUUUAUUUGAAGAUAGCACAAAUAGUAUAUUAAGUAUCAAGAACGGUAAGGAAAGUUUACCGGUUAAAGACAAUUGUUUGGAGGAGGAGCGUAGCGACGACUCCAAUUAUUGUCUGAGAUCGGCAAUCCUUAAUGUUCGUGAUGCUUAUGCCAAAAUAAUUUUGAUACAUGUCAAAAUAAUUGUCAAGACAGCAGGUUAUAGUUACCGUUGCUACGUCCAAGGCGUCGACAAAAUUACUUACCGACGGCGACGCUUAAUUUACUUACUGACGCCUAUGGACGUAGCAACUAGUAAACACCACGUACUUGGAAACAGGCAUAGUAAACAAUCAAAUAGAGCUCAGUCGUGCAAAAAAUAUAUAAAUUUUACUCAUAGAAUCACUUUAUACGGGGUGAUCAAAUUCAAACCCGAACACCCAUACAAAAUAUGAUUUUCCUUGCCUUUGAUGUUAAGAGUCAAAUUUCGUAGGGUUCUAAAUAUUAUUAUUAGUUUAUUACCUGAGCUGGGAUUUUCGUAGUCGCGAGCAAAGACUGAGCGGUGCUGCUAUUGGCUCCUCAUAGGCGUGCAUAUGAGUCAAGUAAAUCAUCAAUUAAUAUAUGGAAAAUAAACAAUAAUUUUUGUUACAAACUACUGUGGAGUACAAAGCGAUCAAAAAGUUCUUCUAUAAAGUAAGCUUAGCAAUUAAAGGAUGUAUGUCUGCGGAACUCAACCCAAAUGUUAAACCCAAAUUAUUGUUGAAAUCCAGUUUUGCCCCAUUGACACUAUUUAGGGGCCGUGUAGCGUUCGGGUGUUAUUUAUAUCACUAAUCCACGGCAUCUAUCUAACAGUUUACGUUUGAGGUAACACGUUCUCAAGUGAUACGUGUACUUGAUAGAAGGACUUUCUGAUCACUUCGUAUUUACAAAUGUUUAAUUAAAAAAUUUUUGGUAUCAACCCCCAGAAAACAGUCUUGUUUCAAAUUCGGUAAUAGCUAAAAAAUGUUUUAAACAAAAAUUGUAAAGCAAAAAAUUUUAAAUAACAUGUCUCUUGAGUUUUGUUGAUACUAUUCAAAAAACAAAGUUUGGGAUGGUUGAAUGUAAAGGGAUGAUGUCACAGUUUUAAAAAAAUAUCAUAAACACUUGAUUUUUAUGUCUGCUGAAUUGGAAUCCGAAGGUCGUUGUUUGAUUUGGAAUUGCCUUCAGUAUGAAAAAGACGUUUCAACGAAAAAUGGACAAAUUACUACCUAUAAAGGAACGUAACUUUUUUUUGUAAUAUGUCGCUAUUUUGAUGCUUUAACAGGCAUCUUAGGCCACGCAACGUUAUCAAGUGCGAUGUCGUAAUAGUCAUUAUAAAUUUUUAGGUUGGCAAGCAAAUUCGGCACCUUUUUGCUAAUUUCACAAAUUAAAUUUCAAGAAGCCUUCAUUCGUACUUUUGUUUUUUGAUAAAAUUUGGAUAAAACAAAAAUUUUAAUUUCAUUUUUCACUUUCAAUGUUAUGAUAUGAUAGGCACGGCAAAAAAGGGGUAAAUUAGGUACAAAAAAUUAAAAAAAAAAACUCGUUUCAUGAGACCUUGAAGCACUUAUUCUUUUAUAAAUCUCGUGGCUAACGUCACUCGUUUUUGAAACUGAAUUAGCACUUCUAGAAUGGUCUUAUGAAACUGUUUUUCAAAAUACUAUCAUACCACUAGUGAAAUAAUGAAAAAAGAUCAGACUUGUAUUAAUCAAAUGUUAUUUACUUAUUAAUAUUAACAUUUAUGUUGGUGGAAAGUUCAUUCUGCCUUACAAAGCCUGCCAAGUUUCAUUUUGCGAAUACGAAUAUUUUUAAUUGAACUUCAAUUAAUUCUAUUUUGUUAAUGUGGUGAUUGUGGGUAAAACGUUGUAUUGCAUUCGUGUUUUAGUCGCAUUUUAUUCCUUUAAGAAUUUUACGCAUUCGGACUAACGCCCUCGUGUUUAAACAUUUUUGCGUAGAUAAAUUAUUUUCUAAAACAUUUAUACAAUAAAUAAUUAUUUCUACUCCUGUCACUAAAAGACAUUUAUCGCAUAUGUUUUCCGGGCGGUGAUCUUUUAGAUAUACAUUCACAAGCCCUGGUUUCGUGUAUUGUAGUCACGGACUAAAGUUAGCUGUAGAUUUUCAUUGUCAAAAAAAUAACAUAAUUUCCAAAUUAUUUUCAUCGUAAAAAAAUAAAGCAUGAAUCUUGUUUUAUAAUCGUGUCAGGCACUCGUGUUAUUAAACACGCGCUUCGAUACCCUUUGAUUGCUUUUUAUAGAACUUGUGAUUAAAUGAUGUAUAUAAAACUUGAUAUAUAAUAUGCUAUAAUAAUGCUAUAUGGGAUAAUUUCUCCUAUCCAGACAAGUUAAAAUCUUACAUGCACACGUAACUAAUAUGACAGUAAUUAAAAAACGCAUCAAACAAAAUUACUUUUUUUGUUGGUAACAUUUUAGGUUUUCUUUUUAAUAGAUCAUAAACACUAUUUAAAAUACGUUUCCCAUAGCAACGUGUUAACAUUAUUUUAAAAUACGCUUCCCAUAGCAACAUGUUUUAAAUUAAAAUGUUCCAACAAAAAAAAUUUGAAAAACACUCAUACGAAAACGCAUAAAGUUUUCGGGUACUUAGGUAUGCAACUAACAUACGCUCGUUGCAUAAUGACAUCUCUCGAACUUUAAAAACUUAUGUUUUUGUUCUCGUAUUAUUACAAACUGUAAACAGUGUACCUACUAAAAAAUUGAAAAAUGAUGUUCCUUGUAAGAAGAACCUUAUUGACUUACAGCUUACAGGUUAAGAUUUUUUGUAUCUGAAACAGCAUUUUAACAAACAUUUUUGAACAGUCUGAUAUAGUUCGUGCCUUUUAGCAUUUU